CCGAAGACGGGCUCCGGGAGGUGCCCCCUCGCGCGUGGCUCGAGGCGGCCCCCCCCCCCCGCUGGGACGGUGAGGGCAUGGCGCGCCGUCCUGGAGGCGCGGUGCUGUUGGCGGCGGCGCUGGCCGCCGUGCUGGCGCUGCUCGCGCAGACGCGGGGCUUCGCGGGGCCCAGGGCGCCCGCUGGCCGGCGGGAUGCCCGGAGCGGGGCCACCUCGCUGAACGCUGGCAAGGCUGGGGCACCGAAGAAGACGCGGCUGUCGCUUGCGGAGGCCAUCGAGCGGCAGAAGGAGAACAAUGCCGCCCAGAUGGACAAGAAGGAGGACGCCAAGCUGUCAAAGGAGGUGACGUUCUGGGAGGGCCCGCCUUCCUCGACGGAGGUGUUUGCACCUCUACUGUCUUGCCUGGUGGUCAUCGGAAUCGUCCCUUUCAUCGCCUCGGUGAACAGGCAGUUCCGUGUCAAGUACAAGAUCACGGACAGGCGGGUGUCAGUGAGCGGCGGUUGGGACGGCAAGGACGUGACCGAGUUUUCCUACCAGGAGAUCUACGAGAUGAAGUACGGUAUGAGGUGGCUGGGCUACUGCGCGGACAUGCGCAUCAAUUUGCGCGACGGGGCCAAGGUGGAGCUCUUUGGGCUGCUGAAUUUCUACCAGAACUACGAGUACAUAUACAACAGGAUCGACAAGGAGGCGCGGAAGAGGAGUGACAAGCCUCCAGGUGAGCUGGAGUAGGAGGCAGGACCUACUGUCUGCCUGCGCUCGCCCAGCCUGGUGUCCUCUGCCAUUUUUUGUGAUAUUGCUCCCUUGGUGCAAGCUUACUCUUCCUCCAUCCGCUUCAAUUGCCUUCAAGUUCCACUUUUCCUGUGGAGCCGCGCCUCCCACGCACACUUUUCGAUGCCGGCCGCGGGUCUGGGCGUCUACAGCACGGCUUGGCCUUCGCUGGAUGCUCCAUUUAAGGAAAACACAUCUUCGUAUGAUCUAGCCAGAGUGGCCCUCCGUGUGGCACGUGUAACCCUCGCGAGUUCACCGGUGUACGUUUUACACGCGCACCCGCAGUAUCAGUGAGUGCAUGCAGUGCACACCUGGCCGACCUAGUUUUCGGAUUCACGAAAGCCGGUGACCUAAACUCCCGAUCCAGAUUAGCCGACACCCAGUUUCACCGAUUCUACUUUUAACGAGCGGAGAGUAGAGCUUUCAUUGCCGGCGAAUUUUCGGCUGGCGCCCUGCUUGGGCGGCGCACGGUCCGCGUAUCCACGAACGCAAUGUGUGCGCAUAGUUACGUGCGCAUGACAGGUAGUUGCAUAACUUGCGCCAUUCGGCC